AUGGGUUGUGGAAAAUCAAAACAUGAUGUUGCUUCAGAAAACACCACAACCCUCUCACGCAAAAAAUCAAGUGUCACCUUCAAAGAAGAACAAGAAAAUGAGACACAAACAAAUGACAUAAACAACAAUGUUGACAACAAUGUAAGUUCAGUUGUAAAAGUGGAAGAGAAGGAAAAUGAAGUUGGUGUUGAAGAAGGUAAUAAGGAAGAUGAAAUUAAUGAUGUUAAAGAUGAAGAGAAAACAAAUGAUAAAGAAAAGAAGGAGGAUGAUGUUGUAGAGGGAUCUUCUAAUGAAGUUGAGAAAAAUGUGAAAGUAAAUGUAGAGGAAGAAAUUUUACCUAUAGAAGAAGAAGUUUUGUUUACAGAAAAAGUUUUGUCUACGAAAGAAGAAGCUUUUUCUACGGAAAAAGUUUUGUAUAUGAAAGAAGAAAUUUUACCUAUGGAAGAAGUUUUGCCUACAGAAGAAGAAAUUUUGCUUACGGAAGAAGAAAUUGUAGAAGACAUGAAUGUUUCGACCACUGAAGUUGAAGGUGAAAAUAAUUAA